CCAUGUCGACGGCCCGCGUCUACGCGGACGUGAACGUGCGCCGCCCCAGGGAGUACUGGGACUACGAGGCUCUCUCCGUCCAAUGGGGUGAGCAGGAUGAUUAUGAGGUCGUGCGGAAAGUAGGCAGAGGGAAAUACAGUGAAGUCUUUGAAGGAGUUAAUGUAACAAACGAUGAGCGAUGCGUCAUUAAAAUCCUCAAGCCUGUUAAGAAAAAGAAGAUAAAGAGGGAAAUAAAGAUUCUUCAGAACCUUUGUGGUGGUCCAAAUAUUAUUAAGCUUCUUAAUGUUGUCAGAGACCAGCAAUCAAAGACUCCAAGUUUGGUAUUUGAAUACGUAAACAGCACAGAUUUCAAAGUUCUCUAUCCAACGUUUACAGACUAUGACAUCCGGUUCUAUAUUUAUGAACUUCUUAAGGCAUUAGAUUACUGUCAUUCCCAAGGAAUUAUGCAUCGUGAUGUUAAGCCUCACAAUGUUAUGAUUGACCAUGAGCUUCGCAAGCUUCGCUUGAUUGAUUGGGGACUUGCUGAGUUUUAUUUUCCUGAGAAGGAGUACAAUGUUCGUGUUGCUUCGAGGUAUUUUAAAGGGCCUGAAUUGCUGGUUGACUUCCAAGGGUACGACUACUCUUUGGAUAUGUGGAGCCUUGGCUGUAUGUUUGCUGGAAUGAUAUUCCGCAAGGAACCAUUCUUCUAUGGUCAUGACAACCAUGACCAGCUUUUCAAAAUAGCCAAGGUGCUAGGUACAGAUGAACUUAAUGCUUAUUUGGGAAAAUACAGAAUUGUGCUUGAUCCUCAGCUAGAGGCACUGAUUGGGAGGCACAACAAGAAACCUUGGUCCAAGUUUGUCAAUGCUGAAAAUAGGCAUCUUGUCUCGGAAGAGGCCAUCGAUUUUCUUGAUAAACUUCUUCGCUUUGACCAUCAAGAUAGGCUUACAGCCGAAGAAGCCAUGGCGCAUGCCUACUUUCACCAGGUGAGGGCAGCAGAAAACAGCAGAGGGAGAACGUAGCCAAGAGCCCAAGAGAGCCAAGAGAAUUUAGAUGCGAAAGCUGCUUCCGUUGAACCGUUGUGGAAUUAGAUCCUUCUAGCAUCAAGUUGAUGCAGAAGUGGAUUACUUGACCUGAUGGUUGGGACGCUGUCAUGAAUCUCUGAUAUACUGGCUCCUGAGAUUUUUUUUUUUUUUUUUUUUUUGUUACUUGAAGUUUAAACUGCGAGUCUACAGAACAGACAGGCUACGCAUUGUCAUGACUGAUGAGUUUUGAUGCAACUAAAAGUUCUUGAUAUUAUGUUUUA